AUGGCACCAAUUAAAUCUCUGGAGAAAGAGUAUCCCCUCAUUGACACCAAUUUCCAAAGCUUCUGCGCCUCCCACGCCAUUUUCUCUGUUGAAGAUUUCCUUUUGCACGAUAUCGACGCAUUAAUUGCCCUUGCGGAUAAUCACUCUGCUUCACAGACACUCAAACAGGGAAUUGACCAGCUUCUCUCAAUAAUACAUACUCUUCAUCCACCGUUGCUAAACGGUUUGCAGCUCUUGGAAGACUCUCAGCGUAAUAAACAUGUUUUGUCCACUGGAUGUGAAGGGAUUGAUGCAUUGCUCGGAGGUGGAUUACGUGAAGGACAACUAACUGAACUUGUUGGGACAUCCUCAUCUGGAAAGACACAGGCAUGCCUACUGUCUGCUUCAACUGUUGCAAAGCAUAAGAGUUCAGUUGUAUACUUAGAUACAGGAAACUCCUUUUCACCUCAGCGUAUUGCACGAUUUGUGGGCCAGUCUUCUGGUUAUGUUUCUGACAAUCAGGCUGAUCAUAUGCUCAAAAAAGUAUUGGACAGGAUAAUUUGCUACUCAGUGUUUGACAUCUACCAGAUGUUUGAUGUGCUACAUCAACUGAAGAUUAAUUUAAGAUCCGAGAUUGUGAAAUCAAAUCAGCAUGUUCGAUUGCUUAUUGUUGAUUCAGUCUCUUCACUGAUUACCCCCAUCCUUGGGGGCAAUGGUCCUCAGGGACAUGCUUUGAUGAUAUCUGCUGGGUUUUUACUGAAGAAGUUAGCUCAUGAGCAUAAUAUUGCUGUAUUGGUAACGAAUCAUGUGGUGGGUGGAGAAGACGGUAUUUCCAAACCAGCUCUUGGAGAGAGUUGGAAGAGUGUCCCACAUGUACGGCUUUUGUUUUCUCGUGAUUGUGAAAACAAUGUCUGCAAUAUUUCAAUGCUAAAACAUCCAUCUAUGGCUUCUGGUAGGGCUGCGAGUUCUACCAUGUUUUUAUGA